UGUUUAGCUUGUUACCUCUCCUACGAACUAUGUUUAUAUCCAUGAAAAAUAUUCAGUUAAUACGUAGUUAAAAUGAAUCAGAAGUUCUGUGCAAAUUGGAUUUUAAAGGAAACCAAAUUUAAAACUUUCAGCUCUCAACAAGCGACAGGAGAUAAUGCAUCGUAGAAGUCAAUUGAGUGUCAGAAGAGAUGACAGCGAACUCACUUUAAUGCGAUUGAAGAUGCUUUUUAAGACUGUUCUUACGCCCAAUGAAUGUAGCCGAUUUGAAGAACGAAAACUUUGCAGGAACAACUUAGUUAAGUUCUUAGUGGAACACCUAUCCAGUGAAAAUGAGAGGGUACGCUAUUCUUCUUUAGAUCUUCUUUGUUGCGCCAUUCCAAGGUUGGAGAACAAAACAGAUCCACUCUUGAUGCCUGUUCUGCCUAAAGUGAUGAGGUGCAUGCAUGAAGCCGAAAUGAAGGAAACAAUAUUGAAAGCACUGCAUUUCUUUCGAUCUUUAUUUAGACACACCAAAGACAUGUCCAGAUUCAUUGAAGAGCUAAUCUCUCUUGGAACUGAAUUAGACAGCAUCACGUCCCAGAUGAAUUUUUUCCAUGGUCUAAAUAUUGUUUUCGAUCAAAACAUUGGCGACGAUCUCUAUUCACAUUUGAUUCAGCCACUGGGAAAAGCACUUCUUCAAAACUGCAGUUUGCCGUCCUGCUUUGCCAUUUAUCGUGCUUUGAAAAAAAUUCACGAGCAGAUAGGAGACGAGGACUUUUACAAUCUUCUAUCAUCCGAUGGUCUUGAAGCUCAAUGCGUCUACACCAAUUGCUACAAAUUUGAAAACGAGGAUCCCUAUCUGAAUUCAAGCGAGAGCAAUCUCUCAGUUCUAAUCAGAGAAUAUCUGAGAAAAAGCUCCAAGAUGAAACUGGACAAAGCUUUCGGAAUAGUCGAUUUCGCCUUGCUCAAGAAAAUCGCGAUCACGAAGGACAGCGAGAGAGCCGUGAUGGUGGACCAUUUUGCAAUCGCUUUCAAGAAACUGUUCUGUGAUGAACUCGAUUACGCAGGCCACUUGAUGGACAUUCUAAAACUCGUCUGCGCAUUUUUACUCAGCUCUAACCGGCCGGUACAGAUGAGUGGCUUUAAAAUUCUCAGAGACGUCAUAACAAAAAUGGGCUUUUAUGUGUCGCCUCACCUCUCGUAUUUGAUCGGUGUCUUACGAGAAUGCUUAACAUCUCCUAACAGUGAGAUAAAAUGCAAAACAGACAAGAUUCUCAACAAACUCAUGCGAGCCAUUCACCCUAUGACCAUCAUAUGGGAGCUCUUAAAGACCAACGAUGCUUUGCAAAAAGAAGCCAUAUUGAGAUUCAUACUUAAAGAGCUGAAUUUCUUCCCCUACUGCUGUUUCGAUUUGAUUGCAUUGAGCAAAUGCCUGACCUUCCACAUGCAAGAUCCGAAUUCGGCAGUUCAUAGAGCAAGCGUGGACUGCAUGAUUGUGCUUCUGUCCAUCAUGAGGGCCACACCAGUAUAUGGCAUUCGGGCGGAGGCUUCAAAGUUGAUGCUUCCAAAUUACCACCUUCAAAGAGGUACAGAGCAAGAAGAAGACGAUGAGGAAGAUGUUGAUUCUAUCUCUAACGAUGGAACAACGGAUGCUGAUUCAUCCGCAGCGCAGACUUCGAUGACAACAGCAAGUUUGGUGUCAUUGUCAACUACGCGUUCUGAUGCAACUUUACGAGAAGACAGUGAAAUGGAAAAAGAUAAUAUUGAUACAACACCAACUCCUUCGAUGAUCUCACCUACAAGGGACUACGAUGUCUUACCAGAGAGAGAAACAAGUGGCGUUUUUCCUAAAAAGAAAAACGAUGCAUCGUACUCUGUAAGAAUGCCAUCAUCUGAGAUAAAGAAAAGCAAUUGUCGCCUACCGGAAUCAAAAGUAUCUUUAAAUAGACCAAAGAUGAGUUAUCAAGAAUAUCUCGGUGCAAACACUAUUGAGUCCACUAGUACGCUAGCUUCUUAUGUCAGUGACAAAAAAGAGCAAAAGUCAGCAAAGAGUCGAUCAUAUUGUAUUAUAAAUUCUAAAAAAACACCACACUCCGGUGGAGAUGCUUUUCAGGCCUCAAACAUGCAAACUUCUCGACAUGUUUGGCGUGAAAAAAGAGACAGAGAACAUGCGAGGCGUCGUCAUAUGGGUGAAGGGGAUAUGAAUGAUUAUUCUAUAAAAGCUGCAGAUGAAAGUGAUGCAGAAUACACCCCUUUCAUUGAAGACGUUGAUCAAUUCAAAGAGGACCAAUCUAACCCAAAGAGUACGCAGCCUACGUGCAAAAUCGAGAAUUUGGAUCCUCAACAGUUUAAUAUUGAGAGUGUAUCAGCAUCAAAAACAAUGAUAAGCGUUCGAGAAGUAAGUGAAGAUAAUGAAUUCAGUCAGUCUGCGGCAUCAAUCGUGUCAACUUCUGCCAUCCAAGAAAGCCUCGACGAAAAGUCGUCUCAAAUUACCCAAACUGGAAAAGAUUACAAGACUUAUUUGAAUAAGAACUCGAAACAUUCUUUCACGGAGUUGAUCGAAUUGAAAAGACGAAGUAUUCGAAAUUCAGAACACGCCGACGAUGCUAAGAACGAUCCAAAUGUCGAUAUCGAUGCUGUUUCUGCCACAGAGAAUGGCGAUACAGAAGAAAGCGAAAUUGAGUCCGUGGUUGAUUUGAUAGAAGAGAAAUCUGACAUCUCAGAUACUGAAACAGCCCAGACGCCUUGUCCGAAUGAAGCAGAGUCUUCUCCAUUUAAAAAGGGGAGAGAGUUACUUAGAACGCCACCGACAGUGCAGAGACAGUUAUCCACUAAGACGAGAAUAAAAGUCGAUUUUUCAGAGAACGAUUCAAAAUCAGUUUUGUGUUCGAAAAAAGAUUAUGUUUCACCAAAAACAAAAGAAAACCCUCGCGUAAAGAAAAGGGAAGUAAAGAAGUCCAAAUCUUCAAUUGAGAAAUCCACACAAAAACAGGAUAUAGUAGCAGCCCGAAAAGUUCAGUCAUUUCAAGACGAAGCGACGCCAGUAAAGACGAAACAACGUAAGCAAGGAGCGAAAGUGGACGGAUGCCCUUGGCCGAGAGAUAUUGAAUAUGCAUCGAAAGGUGAAAUGCCUCUGUGGGCUGAGAAAUUUGAAAAAACUGUGGAUGCGUUGAAACCAUAUUCAACCAUUGACGAGGCUGAUGCUUCGAUGAAAAAAGCAGUCGAAGAUUUAUUCGGAACGUCAUGGAAAUUAAAAGAGGAAGCGAUGUUAAACGUUAUUAGAUUAACCAAACACCAUCCGGAAAUAGUUUGUGACAAUUCCACCAAAAUCUUAAGUGCCAUUUGUAAUGAAGUGAAAAAUAUUCGCCAGUCAAUUGCGGGCAAAGCCAUCUUCACGUGUGGCUACAUGUACCAAGUUUUAGGAAGAAGAUUAGAAAAUAAACUGCGAAUGGUGCUUAACUCGCUUUUGAUGAAAUCCAGCAACAGGACACUCGCUUCAUAUUUCAGACUUGUAAUUGAGAGUUUAUUCAAAGUAGUCGAAUCCUCUUCACCACAAAAAGCUGCACAAGCGUUUGUAGUCGAAGGGGGAAGGCAUCCCAAUAAAGCCUCCAGAGAAAUUGCUGCUCAGUUCUUAGCGAUCCUUACUGAUAAAAUAGGCACACUUGAUCCCAUCUCACAGAACCUUGCAAGCCAGAUGGUGAAAUGUGCAUCGUUUUUUGUGACUGAUUCAUCAGCUAUUACUAGGUACUGUGCGAAACGUAUGAUUCAAGUGCUUAGAACUAAUCCAAGUUUUGAAAAAAUUAAAGAUCAGCAAUUGGAUGUUAAUCAAGCUAAAGAUUUAACGAAAGUACUUGAGCUUAUAGACACAAAGGGAGUGAAUGAAGAAAUUUUACCAAUUAAUAUCAUUAGAGGUCUUUAAAUUCAUCAUAAAAGUGCUGUGAAUUCGAUAUAUGAAUUAUAGUAAUAAUGUGAUUAGAAAAUAAAUUACACAUUGGGACUAAUUGAUUGAACGAAAUUGUAACUAUAAGUCUCAAGUGUUUAUAUUUCUGAUAAAAAAAAUAAUGUUUACUGUUAUUGUGUCAUAUUAAAUUAUU